AUGCUCACAAGGAACUGCUUAUCCCUGCUUCUCUGGGUCCUGUUUGAUGGAGGUCUCCUAACACCAUUGCAUACACAACCACAAGAGAUUUUAGAAGCACAGCCAAGAGAAGAUGUUGUCCCAGUGCCAGGGAGGAGAUCAUCUGCCCAGCGAGUCAAACGAGGCUGGGUGUGGAAUCAAUUUUUUGUGCUGGAGGAGUACAUGGGCUCUGAACCUCAGUAUGUGGGAAAGCUUCAUUCUGACUUGGACAAGGGAGUCGGCUCUGUUAAAUAUACCCUUUCAGGAGAUGGUGCUGGCACGGUUUUUACCAUUGAUGAGACCACGGGAGACAUUCAUGCCAUAAGGAGCCUAGAUCGAGAAGAAAAACCUUUCUACACACUCCGAGCUCAGGCUGUGGAUGUUGACACCAAGAAACCACUAGAGCCUGAAUCAGAGUUCAUCAUCAAAGUGCAGGACAUUAAUGAUAAUGAGCCAAAGUUUCUGGAUGGGCCUUAUGUUGCCAGUGUCCCAGAAAUGUCUCCAGUAGGAGCAUAUGUGCUUCAAGUAAAGGCGACAGAUGCUGAUGAUCCCACUUAUGGAAACAGUGCUAGAGUGGUUUACAGCAUUCUUCAGGGGCAACCAUAUUUCUCCAUUGAUCCCAAGACAGGUGUAAUAAGAACAGCUUUGCCAAAUAUGGACAGAGAAGUGAAAGAACAAUAUCAAGUUCUAAUCCAGGCCAAGGACAUGGGAGGACAGCUGGGAGGACUAGCUGGUACUACCACUGUAAACAUUACUCUCACCGAUGUCAACGACAACCCGCCCAGAUUUCCUAAGAGUAUCUUCCAUUUAAAAGUACCUGAGACCUCUCACAUUGGUUCUGCUAUUGGACGGAUCAGAGCUGUGGACCCUGAUUUUGGGAAAAAUGCAGAAAUUGAGUACAACAUAGUUCCAGGAGAUGGAGGAAACUUGUUUGACAUCACGACAGAUGAGUACACCCAGGAAGGAGUUAUUAAACUGAAAAAGCCAUUAGACUUUGAAACGAAGAAGGCAUACACCUUUAAGGUGGAGGCCUCCAAUCUCCAUCUUGACCAUCGAUUUCACUCAGUGGGUCCAUUCAAAGAUACUGCCACUGUGAAGAUAAAUGUAUUGGACAUGGAUGAACCUCCAGUGUUCAGCAAGCCCAUGUACACGAUGGAAGUCUAUGAGGAUACACCUGUGGGGACCAUUAUAGGUGCAGUGACAGCACAAGACCUUGAUGCUGGCAGCAGCGCAGUUAGAUACUUCAUGGAUUGGAAGAACGAUGUGGACAGCUACUUUACAAUAGACGCUACUGAAGGAACCAUUGCUACUAAUGAAUUACUGGACAGAGAAAGCACAGCACAAUACAAUUUCUCUAUAAUUGCAAGUAAAGUUAGUAACCCACUAUUAACCAGCAAAGUCAAUGUUAUAAUAAAUGUUUUGGAUGUCAACGAGUUUCCUCCUGAAAUUUCAGUUCCAUAUGAGACAUCUGUAUGUGAAAAUGCCAAGCCGGGACAGGUGAUACAGACCAUCACUGCAGCAGAUAAAGAUUUGUCACCAGCUGGGCAAAGGUUUUCCUUCAAACUGUCAUCUGAGGCUUCCAACAAACCAAACUUCACAGUCCAUGACUACAGAAACAACACAGCUGGGAUUGAAACCAGAAGAAAUGGCUACAGCAGAAGGCAGCAAGAGCUGUACUUUCUUCCAAUAGUAAUAGAAGACAGCAGUUACCCUGUCCAGAGCAGCACAAACACUUUGACUAUCCGUGUUUGCAGAUGUGAUUCUGACGGCACCAUCCAGUCCUGCAACGUAGAAGCAAUCUUCUUACCAGUCGGCCUCAGCACAGGAGCUUUGAUUGCAAUCUUGUUGUGUAUUGUCAUACUUCUAGUCAUUGUGGUACUAUAUGUAGCACUACGGAGGCAGAAGAAAAAGGACACCCUGAUGACCUCUAAAGAAGACAUCAGAGAUAAUGUUAUCCACUAUGAUGAUGAAGGAGGUGGAGAAGAGGACACCCAGGCUUUUGACAUAGGUGCCCUGAGGAAUCCCAAAGUGAUUGAAGAUAACAAAAUACGCAGGGACAUAAAACCAGACACCUUGCGUUUUACGCGCCACAGACCACCAGCGGAAGAUAACACAGACAUAAGAGAUUUCAUUAAUCAAAGGCUGCAGGAAAAUGAUGUAGAUCCAUCUGCACCCCCUUAUGACUCCUUGGCCACCUAUGCUUAUGAAGGCAAUGGAUCUGUUGCAGAGUCUCUCAGCUCUAUAGACUCUCUCACUACAGAGGCAGAUCAGGAUUAUGACUAUCUGAGUGACUGGGGACCUCGCUUUAAGAUCUUGGCAGAUAUGUUUGGAGAAGAAAGUUAUAACCCUGACAAAGUCACUUAA